ACGGAGGGGGAAGGAGGAAGUGGGGCGACCCGCGGGGCGACGCCGACGCUCCGGUAGCCGCGGGGGGCUUCGGCGACUCGGGCGGCACCGGCCGGGAAACGGCGGCGGGGGAACGGGAGCGCCCCGCCGCGGGGCUGGCGCCGGGCAUGAACGGCUUCGCCCCCGAGGAGGUGACCCCGCGGGGGGCCGACCCCGCCGCCGCCGCCGCCGCCCCGCUGGGCAGCGCGGGCUCCGCCGCCGAGCUGCCGCCACCGCCGCCAGCGCCGCCGGGGCUGGCUCCGGGCUCGGCCGCCGCUGCCGGGGCCGGGGCCGGAGCCGGUGGCGGAGCCGGUGCCGGUGCCGCCGUGGGCUCGGCGGGUGCUGCCGGUGCCGGCGGCCCCGGGGCCGGGCAGCUGUGCUGCCUGCGGGAGGAGGGCGAGCGCUGCGGCCGCGCCGCCGGCAACGCCAGCUUCAGCAAGCGGAUCCAGAAGAGCAUCUCGCAGAAGAAGGUCAAGAUCGAGCUGGACAAGAGCGCGAGACAUCUUUAUAUCUGUGACUUCCACAAAAACUUAAUUCAGAGCGUGAGGAAUAGAAGAAAGAGGAAAGGCAGUGAUGAUGAUGGUGACUCACCAGUGCAAGACAUCGACACUCCAGAGGUUGAUUUAUAUCAGUUACAAGUAAACACACUUCGAAGGUACAAAAGACACUUCAAGCUACAGACCAGACCAGGACUUAACAAAGCACAGCUUGUUGAAAUAAUUGGCUGCCAUUUUAGGACAAUUCCAGUGAAUGAAAAGGACACCUUAACAUAUUUCAUCUACUCAGUGAAGAAUGACAAGAACAAACCAGAUCUAAAGAUGGAUAGUGGUGUUCACUAGACAGAAAAGGUUGGGACUGAGACUCACGCUGCAAAUCAAAAGACUGAGGGUUUUUGUUGAUAUGCAAAAGCUUUCUUUGUAACUUUUUCCUCCCCAGAGAGUUUCUCUGUUUUAUUUUUCAUAACCUUGCUGAUUUGUUUGAAAACCAUCUCUUAUGAAACAAACUUCCUCAGCAAACUAUUUUAAAUAAAUAUCACUUAUACUGUUGCUCAA